AUGGAUGACUUACGAGAUUCUCAAAAAGUAGUAAUUCAAGAUGCAUUAGAUAUGAGUGAACUGACAACUGGUAGGGACUUGAAUCAACAACUUGGUCUUUCAAGAGCUUGUGAUACUCGUUGGGGAUCUCAUUAUAAAUCCUUUAACAAUUUUAUUCUUAUGUUUAGUUCUAUUCUUGAAGUUCUUGAAUUACUUGCUCUUGAUGCACGAAGUAUGGACGAAAGAGCCAAGGCAACGGGACAUCUUGAAUCUUGUCGAACAUUUGAGGUUGCGUUCAUGUUGCAUUUGAUGAGAGAUCUAUUAGCAAUCACAAACGAGCUCAAUAAAUGCUUACAAAGAAAGGAGCAAGAUGUUGCAAAUGUAAUGCUACUUGUUGAAGUAGCAAAGAAAAGAUUGCAACCAUAUGUUAGCUCUUUAAGAUCACGACGAAGACUUGCUCACUAUACAGUCUUACAUCAUUACCGUGUUGAAGUGUUUUGCAAUAUUAUUGAUUGGCAACUCCAAGAGCUUAAUGAUCGUUUUAAUGAGGUAGCUACUAAUUUGCUCCAUGGAAUUGCUUGUUUGAUUCCAAUUAACUCAUUUUCAAGUUUUGACAGCAAAAAAAUAAUGAGGAUGACCCAAUUAUAUCCAGAUGAUUUUGAUGAAUUUAAUAUGGAUACUCUUGAGAAUCAACUUGCAAGUUACAUUAUUGAUGUUUGUGAUGUUGAUGAAAGGUUCUCUGAUAUAAACGGACUUUGUAAUCUUUCCAAAAGAUUAGUCCAAAUGAAAAAAUAUCCAAAUUAUCCUCUAGUGUUCCGCUUAGUGAAACUUGCUCUACUUCUACCAGUUGCCACUGCAUCCGUUGAAAGAGCUUUUUUCGGCAAUGAAGUUUAUCGAGAAUGA